AUGAGGAAUGACUGGGAGCAGACGGAUAAUAUACCCUUAAUAAUGGCUCCGUCCAACUCACCAUUGAGGUAUCCCAUUCAUGGUGUCCAAGUCAAGCCUCUUAGCACAAUCCUAUUACCGGGUUUACAAAUUGAUGUAUCUCUGCCAAAAUAUACGGUGGCACUAGAGGCAUCUCUUGGAACGUUUGACAUUCAAGUUAAUACACCUGCAAUUCAGAUAAAUGGCAGAGGAGAAAAACGUCUGGAAAUGAUUACCAGUGAUAUUAGCGUGCUAAAUCGCAUUUUGGGGAAAACAACUUACACAAGUACUACUUACAGCAUCGACAGUCUGGACAUUGUAAAAUUUUCUAUGAACCAGUACUUGGCUCAUAUCCCGGUUUCAAUUAGACAACCACCAAUAGCCCGCUUACAUGACCCAGGACGGGAUGGAAAUAUUAGCUCCUUGGUGACAAUCGCCACAAAGACCUUUCUGCGAUAUGAUAAGUUACGGGAGCUCAUAAGAAGUAUACGUCUGUAUUACCCCGACAUACAGGUCAUCGUGGCUGAUGACAAUGACAAGCCUGAGAAAAUUGAAGAUCCAAAUGUAGAACAGUACUUUAUGCCAUUUGCUAAGGGAUGGUUUGCAGGCAGGAAUCUUGCUGUAUCCCAAGUAACGACCAAAUAUUUCCUCUGGGUGGAUGAUGACUUUCUUUUUACAGAGGAAACAAAAAUAGAAAAACUAGUGGAUGUAUUGGAAGGAACCGACUUGGAUGUGGUAGGUGGUAAUGUGGCAGGUAACCAUUUCAGUAUAACACUCCUCUUGGAAGAAGGCGGCGAUGAAGGCGAUUGUCUACAUUGGGAAAAGGGUGCAUACCAUCAAAUUGAAGGCUUUCCUAAUUGUGUGCUAUGUUCGGGAGUAGUGAACUUCUUCUUGGCCCAUACAGAGAGAGUUCUCGGCGUUGGAUUUGACCCAAAGCUGAAUCGAAUAGGACAUACAGAAUUCUUCAUCGAUGGUUUGGGACGCCUGAGAGUAGGCUCAUGUGACCACGUCAUUAUUGACCACCAAAAAAAAAUAAAACCAACAGAUGAAAAACUACUUAAACUGUUCCGUAAAUACCAAUCAUUCCGGAAAAAGAAUUCUGAGGAACAUAGAGCUAAACUUGAACUGCUUCAUUUCAAAAGCCGACUGAGCUGUUUCAUAAAGAAGUAA